ACGCAAAGAAUUGAAAACAUCGUACUAAUUUAGACUACGUACGUAGAAAGUAGCUAGAAAGAGUGAAUUAUAAUUAUAUCGUUGAAUUGAUUUGAUUUGAUUUGAUUAUGGAUAGAAUAGAAGCUACUGUAAUAUUGAUCAUUGUAGUAGUUAUCUCAAUGAUUGUGACUCCGAUAACCGGGGUUUGGCUGUUGGUGCACACUAAUGACUCGUGCCUAGAUGACAUAUCUAGCAAGGGGCUUAUCUUCACCGUUGUUGGCUUUUUACUAAUCGUAAUGGUUUGCAUCGGUUUAUGUUGUUUUUUAUGUCUUAGUCGAUCAAACACGCAGGGAAAUAUGGUGAUUGCAGUCAUCGCUCUUAGUGGUAUGGGAGUUGUCGUCAUCGCCAUAGUUUUCAGUAGUAUUGCACUGGGACAAAGCACCACUCAAUUUGCUUCAUUUCAAAAGGAAAUUAGUAGCAUAGAUAAGUGGAUGGACAUCAAACCCUGCCUUUACAAGUCUAUGAAAGGGUGCACGUGCACUAAUUUCCAGCACAAGUAUGCAAAUCACUCUGCACAUAACUUCUUUGCUACACACUUGACUCCUAUUGAGUCUGGAUGUUGCAAACCACCCAUGGAGUGUGACUUCAAUUUCUCAAGCCCAACAGUUUGGAUUAAACCAGAAAAUAAGACUAAUACAAACUCUGACUGUCAUAAAUGGAACAAUCACCCUAAGAAGCUUUGCUAUAACUGCCAAGCAUGCAAACAUGGAUUCGCUCGAGAUUUGAAGAAGCCAUGGACUAUUGCCGGAGCUGUUGUCCUUGUAGCAUCACUAUUAAUAAUUUUAGCUAUUCUUGUUUUUCUAGUAGUGGAUAAGCUACAGAUUCUAAGGAAUUGAUCGAGUUAUGUUGUGCAUCAUCUUUCGUUUUCAUGUUUUCCAAAAGUGUUCUAUACACACACAUGCAUUUAAUUAACCCUAUAUAUCUGAAAGGGUAACCUUCAUCUUGUCACUCAUCGAUCUAUGUUGGCCUUAUUGUCAUUUCACACUGGAGUCAAUAUUAUAAUGUUUCUUAUUUUCUUUCA